UGCUGCUGAAAGACCCCCGAAGGGAGCCCCCCACUCAAGUCUCGGGAAAGACGCGCACCCAGUAGGACACAGACACCGACCUGCUGUAAUCACACGAGGAAGAUUUAUUGUGAGCGAGAUGAAACGAGAGCUCAGGCCAGCAUGCUGGGGUCGAGACUCAUACACCACACAGGGAGUAGAGGAGUUCGACCCCGACCUGAAUUUUCACAGAGCUUAUAAAGGAAAAAACCACAAACCAGGGGGAUCAAGAGGGAGGGAGGAGGGGAAUUCCAAAACCAUAAACUGCCCAUACAAUUUAGGACUUUGUGACAUUGUGAUUAGGGGUAGUGACAUUUUACAGGGCCAUUGGACCAUUGUGGCCGGAGGCUAUGGGUCAUUGUGGCUGUUCCAGGAAACCUUUCAUGCAAGAAUGUUCCGGGAACCAUUGUACAGCAAGGGAGGGGCGAAAAGUUCAUGUUCUCACAGACCCUACCUCUUCUUUUUGGGUAGCUAGGCGGCUUAUUAUUAAUUUUUAAUCCUUCAUUCCCCACUUCUUCUUUUUUUGUUAAUAGUUCUAAUCCUAGAACUUCAUGGAGAACUCAGCUUCAUCUAGCAUAACAGCUUGGUAUUGUAGUCUUAACAUGAGGAUUCUAACCUGGACACUAUCCAACCUAUCCACCAAGGUCAUGACUAGCUUUUAGAACUUCUAAGCUUAUACGGACUGUGAUCCCUGAGGCACAGUCCCAAGAAGUGUUAAGAGUACUAACAUAUGCAAUGUUACAUCAUUUGUAAUGGAAAUCAAGCCUAUCCCACACCUAUCUUGAUAGAACCCAGGACAAACAUGACUGAGUUUCCCUCUAGCUCUCAGCCCCAACAGCUAGUACAUGGCUGGUGAGGGCUGAGAAUUGACAGCUGUCAGGGUGGUCAGCAGCACCAGGUACGGUCCUUUCCAGCGAGGCUCGAGUGUCUGGACUCAGUGUAGCUGCAACCUGGAACUGAUGGGAUGUCUCAGGGGUCUCCGGGGCAUAGGCUGCUGUCAGCUGUGAGCAGAUUUCUUUCUGUAUCACCUGUAGGUCUUUUAGCCUGGCACACAAAUCAUUAUUACUAUGGCACUAUGACAUGUUGGUUCAGUAACAUCAUCUAAUACAGUCAGGGGGGCUGAGGCCCCAUAUAAGAUCUCAAAGGGGGUAAGGCUGAAUCUGGAAGGGGUAUUUCUUGCUCUGAAGAGAGCAAGAGGGAAGGAGUGUCACCCAGUCUGUGCCAGUCUCCAUGGUUAAUUUGGUCAGGGUCUCUUUUAGAGUUCUAUUUAUUUACCCUACCUGUCCUGAACUUUGAGGUCUGUAAAUACAAUGUAAUUUCCAAUUGACCUCUAAAUACUUGGCCACACCCUGGCUUACCUUGGCAACGAAAGUAGGGCCGUUGUCUGACCAGAUUACCUUGGGCAUUCCAAAUCGGAGGAAGAUUUCUUCCAGUAUCUUCUUGAUGAUUGCAGAGGCCGUCUCUUGUUUGGUGAGGAAAGCUUCUAUCUAUUCCUGAAAAAGUAUCUACAAGCACUAGGAGAUACUUGUGAUUAUAUUUUUCUGGUUUUAUCUCAGUGAAGUUCACUUCGACUUUUCACCAAACUCUCUAGGUCUCUUUGCCCUGUUUGCUUGCUAAGCAUUCACUUAUUGACAUACCUUAUACUUUCUACUGCCUCUCUGGCUAAAAUCUUAAAGUCUAUUACAUACACUUAACUACUUGGACAAACUUUUUAUCUCCUAAUUGAGUCCAUUUCUGUAUUUGGCAAAGUGAGUCUUUUCUUUGUUCUCUGGGAAGUAUAGCUUUCCCCUCAAUGUGCCAUUGUCCUUUAUCUUUUAAGCAAUUUGGGCCUUUUCUAAGUGAGGCCAUCCCUUAGUCCGAUCCCAGUUCCCAGUGGCUGUCUCUUGCAGGCCUGCAACCAGGAUGGGCUCCUGCAUAACCAUUUUUCGAGCCACUUUAUCUGCUUCGUUAUUGCCCCAUGUCACUGAAUCUCUUCCCUCCUGAUAUCCUGAGCAAUGAAUAGUACUCACAGUUGUUGGCUUCACCAGGGCAUCCAAGAGAUGGUAAAGGCAUCUGCAGUGCUGAUGUACUGGGGGGGGUAGAGGUUCGGCUUUCAGCAGGGGUCAAUCAGCCAGUCGCAGAGGUCUUUCCUCCACCCAUGGGCUUCUGCCAGUACUUGACACUCGUGCUGUGGUGGCUCCAGGUCCGGAUUGGGCAGCAAGGUGACCAGAUUGUCCCCAACCGGUGGAGAAUCUAGUCCAUGGCAGCUGACCAGUGGUCCCAUCUUUUGGGACACUCUAUUCAAAGGCAGAACAUCAGCCACUCUAUCACAGUUUAAGUCCUGGAUUGGGUGAUAAUUGUUAGUGCCCGGCUGGCAGGAGUGAUAUGUUCCAAGUAGAACAGCGCUAAGCCAUUCGUCUCCCAGCAUCAGGUACUGGUGCACUGAGACAGGUCUUAAGCUCCGCAUACACAGUCUGUAGAUAUGCAUACACAUGGCCUCACCCAGCCAUUUCAGCCCACGCAAGCCAUUUUGGGGAGCAAUUUUCUCAUGAGCAAGGGAUAGGGGCAGUCAGGGAUGACUAUGAACUAGUGGGUUACCCGGCCCACGCCAAGGUCCACUGUUCUUCGGGCAGUCCAUAAGUAUUGUUUGUUGCCAGUAGGCCCCUGUACCCAAGGUCUUUGGAUAUUGGCCCACUGGAGGGGGGCAUAGGAGCACAGAGCAUUGGGUCCCUGCAUCCACACUUCCCUUCUAUCUCUGUACAUAGCCAGCACUCUAGGACCAAGAGGCUCUCCAGUGUCCCCUCUUGUUCUUUCUGGGGCAGUCCCUGACCCAGUGUCUUUUUUUUUUUUCUUCGUAUUAGGCACACUGAUCUUUAGCCAGGAAUUCUCUUCUGUUGCCAGGUACUAUCUUCCUAGGUUCCCUAACUACUGUGGCCAGUAUAUGUUCCUCUCUUGUCUUUUAUCUCUCUUUAGCUCUCUAAUUUCCUCUUCCUUUAGUCUCUUUUCUUCCCUAGCUUCCUGCUCUUUUUAACCUUCUUUCUUUCUUUCUUUUUUUCUUUCUUUCUUUCUUUCUUUUUUUUCUGUCUCUCUGCAUCUUCUUCUACAGCUAUUAGGUGCUGUCCACUUUUCUGCACAGACCCUGAACCAUGCAUCAACUUACAAUAACUCUCUCAGCGACUUAGCUUAACCCUUCAAGUUUCUGUAACUUUCUCUUCAUAUCUUUUCCUUAUCUUAGCCAGAUUGGUGGGGCAUUUUCCAGCCCCUAGGAGACCGACCCUUGGAGCCUGGGGGCAGACCUGGCACUCCCUACCUUCAGGCGUCUGAAGAGAGCAGGCAGAAGUGAGGGCCUUCUAUGCGUGUUGGAACCCUUUUUUUUUUUUCUGGCCUCUAGUAGGAUUCCGUCUUUCCUCAGUGGUAAAGAAGACCUGUAACAGUUACUAACAAGCAUAUCAAAUGGGAUGGUGAGAAAACAAGAGAAUCUUGAGAAUAGAGUCUACCGAAGAGGGCAAACAGCAUUUAGUCACACAGCUAAACCAGGAGGCCUUUCUUGGAACAAAAAGGCCAUUGUCAGUGUCAGCUCCAUGGCUUUGCCUCUCAAGAGAACCAGCCUCCAAAUGACACUAGGCUUCUAGUAACAACUAAUAACAAAAGGAUGGAGAGAUGGUUAGAACCUGGGUGCUAGAUGCCAGGGGGCUGAUAAAAGAAUUGUAACCAGUUCACCUGGGGCUAUCAGGACCUCAGUAGUAGCCCUUUACCAAACUGUCUCACUGGGUUUAAAGGCCCAUGGAAAAGAAAACAUUAAUCCUGACCUUGGCUAACUCCAAGUAAUUUAGUGCUGGAGACUGACUCCUCCCUUGGAAUAAAGACAGCAGAUAAGGCAGGCUUCCUUAAAGAACUUCUCUAAAUGAGCACUCUCCUUCUGUGAGCAAAUGUCAGAAAUUCCUUUCCUGUUCUUGUUUUCCUUAUAGCCCCACCUAGCUCUCAGCCUUUUUAGAUUAUUCUUCCUGUAGCAUUUCUAACACAGCCUGUCCCUUUUUUUUUUUUUUUUUUUUUAGCCUGUUAACAGCAUUUUUGAUCUUUUAGGCAGUUAUGCACUAAGUGUCAUACGGGCUGAAACUCCGCCUUUAAGAUUCUUUGCUCCCAAGCAAAAUUUAAAUCCUUUUCCAGCUUAUCUCAGCUGUCCACCAUGAGAUUCCCAGAGAUCGCGAACCAAGGUGUAGUAAUUCACUAAGAAAUCUCUCUAUAGUGUUUCUUUUUACCUUAAGCCUUUUCCUUUUAAACAGCUCCUGAAGAGCCAGAAAAAUUGGGUGAGACUUGAGAAGUCCCCAUGCUCGCUGCAGCAGCUCCGCAGCUAAUUUCGCUCCCCUCUACUGUGUGCUGCGAGCACAAGCACAGAUAAAACACUAUUUUAAAAAUUAACUUUGGCUAUCAACCAACACACCGCCACUAGAGCGGGGUCCAUAAGAUUAAGUUUCUUACUAAGCAUUAAGGGGACCAAGUAAAACUCUUCGAUGAACAAAGCAAACAGUUUCAUGAUUUCAAACACAGUCGUCAGUCCAAGAUUUUAAACACGGUCGUCAGUCCAAAUUCAAACACGAAACAAAAGUCAAAAAAACACUGGACAAUACCACAGAAAACAAUCCAGACAAAUAAGACCAAGACAACGCAUCCUAUAACCAAUUUCCACAGAUGCCUGGUACCUUCAGUACCUGGCCCAAACUGCAGCUUAACCUUAGCUGCUUCCGGGAUACCAAACACAGAAACAGAAUACAGACAACAGACACUAACACAUCUAAGCACACUUGUCCGUGCCUAUACUUAAAUAGGCAGCCGAACUCGACCUCCAAAGUCACAGUCAGAUCUUUUUGACUGUCCGUUGCCGGGUCCUCCCGACAAAAUUCGGCUCGAGGAACGUUUCUCACGCGUCCCAGAGCCAGGACCCAACAAAGGCUGACUCGUGGAACGUCUCUCACGAGUCCCAGAGCCUGCGCGAUUGGGGCGUCCCCCGGUGCGCUUUCUAAAAAGGAAAAGAAAGAAAGAAAAAGACUAUUCGGAGUAGGAAUCCUUCAUCUACUCACAGGCGCCAUUUCGGGGUGGGGAACCUUCUUCCACCCGUGCACAGGGCAGGAAACCUUCUUCUGCCCAGACAGUGCACUAAGACUCUCGUGCACAGGGCAGGAAUCCUUCAUCUGCCCAGACAGUGCACUAAGACCUUAAACCGGUACCGAAAAACACAGACUACAGGACUUAAUUCACACACACUCACACACACGAGCACAAACAAAAGAGAAAAAAGAAAACAAAACCGACGUCGACUUCGUGUCGACCAGAGGCACUGAAACUGAUCGGCAGGUCGCAGACCUUGCCUAACAAACCGGUCGUCAAGGAGUAAAGUCUCCUCUGGACCUAUCAGAUGGGGUUCACCAGGCGUCCCUGGUCCCCCCUUGUCCUCCUGGGACGUCUCCCAGGGCGAACGGACGGUGGGUACCUGGACACGUCUAUCCCUAUCCACCCCGCUCUCCUUCCUGGAGCGCGGUCUCACUGAGCGUCCGCAAAACCGAAACAGCGAUCGCACCAGAUUCCCAGACAGAACAUAGACACAGACCCAGACACAGCGCUGAGAUAAAACAGAGAAUCUUACCUCCAAGUGGGUCUAGGACCCCUGGGUGGUCGCGCAGAUCCCGGACGAGCCCCCAAAUGAAAGACCCCCGAAGGGAGCCCCCCACUCAAGUCUCGGGAAAGACGCGCACCCAGUAGGACACAGACACCGACCUGCUGUAAUCACACGAGGAAGAUUUAUUGUGAGCGAGAUGAAACGAGAGCUCAGGCCAGCAUGCUGGGGUCGAGACUCAUACACCACACAGGGAGUAGAGGAGUUCGACCCCGACCUGAAUUUUCACAGAGCUUAUAAAGGAAAAAACCACAAACCAGGGGGAUCAAGAGGGAGGGAGGAGGGGAAUUCCAAAACCAUAAACUGCCCAUACAAUUUAGGACUUUGUGACAUUGUGAUUAGGGGUAGUGACAUUUUACAGGGCCAUUGGACCAUUGUGGCCGGAGGCUAUGGGUCAUUGUGGCUGUUCCAGGAAACCUUUCAUGCAAGAAUGUUCCGGGAACCAUUGUACAGCAAGGGAGGGGCGAAAAGUUCAUGUUCUCACAGACCCUACCUCUUCUUUUUGGGUAGCUAGGCGGCUUAUUAUUAAUUUUUAAUCCUUCACUGCUUUUUAUGGGAAGUGACCAUAAAUAUGAAAUCUGAGAAGCCUGGAGGACGGUGAAGCCUAGAGUGUAACCUCCAAGUUUAAUACCAAAGCCUGAGAAUCUGGGUCUAAGCAUGAUGGGAGUACUGGUUGAAGAGCCACUGUCCAAAGGCCAAGGAGCAGAAGUUCCAAAGCCUGAGGACAGGAGACAGUGGGUGCCCACCUCAAGAGGAGAAAGCAGAUCCAGGCAGUGGUGGAUCACGCUUUUAACUCGGGCACUAGAAGAAAGCAGAAUCAGGGGCAUAUGUGUGCAUUCGAGGCCAGCCUGGUGUCCAUAGUGAUUGCCAGGCAGGGCUACACACACACACACACACACACACACACACACACACACACACACACAAACACACACAAAUCCACUCUUUUCCUGACCAUUCAUUCCUCUGGGGCUUGGACUGUAGUGGCAACCAUUUAAUUCUAAGUCAGGGAGAAAGCGGAAAGGAAGUACAGUCUCCAGAGUGGAGAAUGAACCCAGCCCUGAAUCCACAGCAGAGGGCUGCCUCUUGUACUGAAAGAUAGAGUUUUAAAUUAGCUCAAAACUCAGCAACAGGAUCUGACUCAGGAAGACAGAUUGUUAAAAAUGCAGGAGAACUGGUUCAGAGUCACUGACCCUCCCGCUUAUCACCGGACUGAGUAAUGGGUUUUGUUCUGCCCCUGUGAGGUUUGUUCAAGCCCCCAUUGUGCCCUACAGAUAAUGUUCUAGCCUUUGUGUCCUGCACAGAGUAUUCCAGGAAACCUUCCUCCAAGUCUAACCAGAUGUGUUUCAGAUGCAGAUGCCGCAUCAACUCUGACAAACAUUUACCCUAAAGGGCAAUCAAGAUCUGUUUUCAGGAGAAUGCUUGGCCUUUCUCCUCAUUUAAACCCUAGAGUCUUAAGAACAAUCCUGUGACUUUGAGAGUUUCCCCUUGUGACAUUUUUGGUAUUUCCUUUUGACAUCCCCUCAUCUCCUGGAGCUUGUGACUUCUUCCUUUAAAAAGCCCUUCUCCCAGCCACUCGGGGUCGACACCUCUGUCUCCUGCAUGGGAUAUGUGUCAGCCCAGAGAUCUCCGUAAUAGAUCUCCGUAGUAAACCCCGCCUUUGCGUAUUACAUCCAAAAUGGUCUCUCUGUGUCUGGGGUCCGCAACUUACUGAGACUUGAGUAAGGGUCUCUCUUCGGGGAUCUUUCAGUACCAGGAUGUGAAAAUUUCAGUAUACUGCAUCUCCUCCCCUUGUCUGUCUCUAGGGCUUUUCAGGGAGGAGCAGUGGCUGCUUCCUGGAAGAGGUGGAGGUUUUUCACUCCCCAUAAUUCAGUCUGAUACAAUUACAGGAACAAGUGUAAGGGUGCAGCAAGCCACAGAGUUGAGCAGCUGACUGUGGAAAGGCAGAUGUAGCUCUCCAGACUGGCACCUGUGAGAACUGUGACAGACUUUUCAGUCCUGUGUCUGACAACCUGAUGUGACGAUGGCGGCCAGGGUGAUUUGGGGUAGCCUCAGCCUGCUUCGAGUCUUAUGGUGUCUCCUUCCCCAGACUGGCUACAUACACCCAGAUGAAUUCUUCCAGUCACCUGAGGUCAUGGCAGAGGACAUCCUGGGUGUGCAGGCUUCACGGCCCUGGGAAUUUUACCCCAGCAGCUCCUGCCGCACUGUGGUCUUCCCACUGCUGACCUCUGGCUCUACCUUCUGGUUGCUCAGGCUCUGGGAAGAGCUGGGGCUCUGGCCUGGUCUGGUGAGUGGCUACAUGCUGCUGGUGGGGCCCCGACUCCUCCUCACUUCCCUCUCCUUUGCCCUGGACUGGGCUAUGUACUAUCUGGCCCCGUUGUGGGGGGCAGAUCGUUGGAAUGCCUUGUGUCUGCUGUCUGGUUCCUAUGUAACCCUGGUUUUCUACACAAGAACCUUCUCCAACACCAUCGAGGGACUGCUCUUCACCUGGCUACUGGUGCUGGUGUCCCCUUAUGUGGCAAGGAGUCCCACAUCAAAGAAGCCUACCCCAGGUCCACGGUGGCACAGCUAUCUUCUUGGUGCUAUCGUGGCUGCCGGCUUCUUCAAUCGGCCAACCUUUCUAGCCUUUGCUCUGGCCCCCGUCUCUCUCUGGGGCAUCCAUAGAGCUUUGGAACUUGGUGGUAUCAAGGCCCUGAUUCGGGAGGCCCUAGUGCUACUGCCGGGGGCUGCUCUUGCUGCAGGGCUGUUUGUAGCCGUGGACAGCUGGUACUUCUCCAGUCUCUCGGGAUCGACAGGCGUCGUUCUCACACCUGUCAACUUCUUGUACUAUAACCUGGAUCCCCAAAACCUUGCAAGGCAUGGCACGCAUGCACGGCUCACUCACCUGGCAGUCAAUGGCUUCCUGCUCUUUGGGGUACUGCAUGCUCAAGCUUUGCAGGCUGCAUGGCAACAACUCCUCGCCUGCCUCCGUGCAUUUCCACAAACCCGCCUCUUGGGGGAGCCGGGUACCCAGGGUCUGUUGUCUAGCUCCAAGUCUCGUCUCCUCCUUCUCUACUUUACACCCCUGCUCCUGCUGUCCGCCUUUAGCCACCAAGAGCCUAGAUUUCUAAUUCCCCUCCUAGUCCCUCUAGUCCUGCUGUGCAGCCCACAAGCCCAACCUAUACCCAGGAAGGGUACCCUGGUCCUCUUCAAUGUCUCGGGCGCGCUCAUCUUUGGCUGCCUCCAUCAGGGAGGUUUGGUACCUGGCCUGAAGCACCUGGAGCAGGUGGUCCACGCACCUGUCCUCUCAGGCACGACCACCCACUACACACUUCUCUUCACGCACACCUACAUGCCGCCCCAGCACCUCUUACACCUCUCGGGCCUGGGAUCACCUGUGGAGGUGGUAGACAUGGGUGGGGCUGAGGACAGGGUCCUGUGUCAAGCCCUGAACAACUUCAGCAGACAAGCAGCCUGUCAGCUGGCUGGUGGGCCGUGGCUCUGCCGGUUCUUUGUGGUAACUCCUGGGACCAACAGGCAUGCUCUGGAGCAGUGCCAUUUUCCUCUCAAGAAUGAAACUCUGUUGUUUCCCCACUUGACCAUGGAGGACCCUCCAGCCCUGUCCUCCCUGCUCAGUGGGGCUUGGAGGGAGCAUCUUAGUCUUCACAUUAUAGAACUGGAGAAGCCUGUUAUGACAGAGUGGUCCAAGAUUCAGCCAUAGAAGCCACUCUACCUUCUACACAGGCUGGUUGGCUGGGACACUGGAACUCCCCCCGCUGCUGUCUCUUUGGAGGUAUAGCCAAAGGUUGUUUUAAGUGAGCCCACAUUCCUUUCCCUUAGACAACCAAAGAUCUGACCAGUCGUGGUCCCAAUGCCAAGGUCACCAAAAUAACCUAGCAUAACCCCUGGCACCUGUCUUGUUUCUAUGCUGUUAUUCCCGAUCACUGUAAUGUUUAAAAUAUAUAAUAGCACCUGGUUUGACAGACAA